AGAUGUGAAGACAUUCGGGUGUCCUAGUGCCUCGUUCUUAACUUUAGUAUGCAGUGACGACCUGAAUCAUGUUUCUCCAGAGCAUUUGGUGGCUUGUGGUAACAUGUCUCUCCAAACAAAUCAGUGAAUGUUUAAAACUUGAUAAUCCCUUGGAAGGAUCUGCCUACAUUAUUCCUGAGUCACCAGUAAUAGAAAAUGGAUCCCAAAUACAAGCAUCCUGCAUUCUUAGUGAAAGUUUUGUGAAAGAACAUGGAGUGGAUGCCAAUCAAAUAUUCUGGAAAUUAAAGGAAAACAGAAUACCAAAAGAGCACUACACCACAGUCAAUAGCACGGUAUCCAAUGUAACACUGACCUUUUCUACUGUUGGGGUUGCACUUCUGACCUGCAAUAUACAGUACAACGAGGAUCAUGUGGGAACUGUCUUUGGAAUACAAGUAACAUCAGGAUUGUUUCCAGAAAAGCCAAAAAAUUUGACAUGCAUAACAUAUUAUAACCGCAAUAUGACUUGCUCCUGGGAUCCAGGAAAAAAGACGUAUCUGCCAACCCAUUACUCUUUUAAAUUGUCAAUUAAACCUGGAGCUGUAGACCGGUAUGAGUUGCAAGAUGGUGUGAACAACUGCUAUGCAAUUUUAUUCCCAUACAUUCAUUAUUUUGUUUUAAAUAGUAUAUCAGUUGAGGCAAGUAAUUCCUUAGGCACUGUAAUAUCCGACCCAAUAAAUCUGGAUCCAGUUGAUGUUAUAAAACCAGAUCCUCCAGAGAUAACUUUGAUAAACCAAGUACCAGGAAUGAGCAGAGUUUUGACUGUGAAUUGGAAAAAUCCAUCUUUGCCAGUUACCUAUGGACUGAAAUACAAUCUCCGAUACAGAACUCUGUUUACAAAUGAGUGGAUACAGGUUCCAUCAGAGGAUACCAACCUUAAACGAAGUUCUUUCUUAGUUCAAGGUUUGAAACCUUUUACACCUUAUAGCUUCUCAAUUCGCUGCAAGAAUAUUGGUAAUUCUGGCUACUGGAGUGAAUGGAGUGCAGAAAAAAUUAAGAAAACACCUGAAACCUAUCCAUCACGAGGUCCACCCAUUUGGAGAAAAAUUAAAAACCUAGCAUUUCCAAAUCGAGAAAUACGUAUCAUGUGGAAGGAACUUGAUAAGUCAGAUGCUAAUGGAAUUAUUUUGGGAUACCAAUUGAAAAUUAUGCAAAAGGAUUCUUCAGAAGUCCAUAUUGUUAACACUACAGAUCUUGAAUACAGAACUAUCCUUUCACAAAGUGGAUAUGAAAUUUCAUUAAUUGCAAUCAAUUCAGCUGGUUCCUCUCCAAUGUCAGUUUUAAUAGUGCCAGACACACGGGAGUCAGAGAUGGUUGUGCAUGAAAAUCUCAGAUCAUCAGUAGUUUCUCAGGUCUUGAAGGAAGGACAGCCAGAUGUAGGGAGCUGUGCCAGGAACACCAAGGAUCAGAACUGUUUGCUUUCAAAUCACAAGCGGAUCAGAGGAAGAAAAGGUGAGAAAGCUGUUCAGGAAACUAAUUAUCAAGAAGGCUGCUGGCCCUGUGUGGUGAACUACAUAUACCUGUCUGGACACGCCCCCUGCUGACUGCUCCUGUGGCUCCUCCCACAGACCCCUGUAUAAAGGCGAUUGAGGCCUGGGCCCGGCCUCUCAGUCUCCAGGAUGUAGUAUGGUGGUCAACCACUGCUUGUUCCUUCUUCCAGUCAAUAAAAGCCGAUAUCU